CAUGAAAUGAGCUUUAUAAAACUUCCUACGUGCCGACUCGCCCCGGUGCAUGGAGCCGCCAUCGCCAGCCAUAGUGCCCGAAUCGUUUGCAAUUUUGUCGUCAGCUUCACCUCACACUUCGUCGGUGCAUCACUCAACAUGGCGGACUUACCCGACGGCCUCAUCGCUUUCGGACCUGAAGCCAACUGUACACUUGACCUUUGUCCGAUAGAAUGGAGUAUUCUUCGUUACCAGCCUUCUGUUCCCGCUAGCGGCACCUUUAUCGGGUUCUUCUCUUUAGCCUUGGCUUUACACGCCAUUUUGGGGUUCAAGUGGAAAACUUGGGGGUUCGCAGCAAGCAUGAUCAGUGGUUGUGUUUUGGAAAUCGUUGGCUACGUAGGGAGACUCUUCAUCCACGACAAUCCAUUUGACUUUAACGGAUUUCUCAUGCAAAUUAUCUGCAUCACAAUAGCUCCGGUCUUCUUCUCUGCCGCCAUUUACGUUACACUUUCUCAAACCAUCAACUUCCUCGAUCGAUCGCUUUCCCGAUUUCCGCCUCGCCUCUACUACUGGACAUUUAUCCCGGUUGACAUUGUCUCCUUGAUUCUUCAGGCUGUAGGAGGCGCGAUGUCGUCCGUCAGCACAACUAAGGAGGCUGCGGACCGAGGCGUCAAGAUUUCACUCGCUGGGCUUGUGUUACAAGUUGUCUCGCUUGCGGCGUUCUGCGGACUUUUUGGAGACUACAUGAUUGCUUACACUCGAUCAAAGACUCGCCCUCCGAUGAGCAGAAGACUCAUGGUCUUCCUAGCUUUCCUGGGCCUUGGUACCAUGUUUGUACUGCUACGUUGCGUCUACAGAAUCGUCGAGCUACAUGAGGGCUACUUCAGUCACUGGUUCCGAGACGAAACCCUGUUUAUCGCGUUGGAGUCAGCUGUUAUGGUUUUGGCCGUUUUUUCCCUUUUGGUCGGACACCCGGGACUUGUUUUCAACAAAAAAGAGAGAGAAAGACUUGACAUAAACCAUGCGCUCAAUUCAGAAUCGCGCGAGGGCGGUGGUAACAACGAUAAACCCGAACACAACGCGGCCACAGACGGGAGCGAUACUUGAGUCAAAGAUCCGGCGCCAGCAGCAGCUAGAGAGAAGUCAGCCUUGUCCGCAAGUGUUUAGAAGGCAGUGGGUCACAAGUAGAAGUUAUAGAUGAGACAAAGGGAUGGCCAGCACUUUGGUAGAGAAGAGACAUACAGGAUAGAGGUAAUUGUCUUGGGACUACUAUAACAUUAAUGGAAUCUGGUUCAGUAUACUGCC